CUCAGAUUCGUGCUGAUAAGAUGCGAUUUCUUUCCCCGGAUCGUGUGUGGGUGCCAAGACACGUGCCGCACAUCAUGAAAGGCAAUCUGAAAAGGGGCUGAAAUACGAAUUAAAAAAUAACCGUUCGUGUCCUAAAUCCCGCUGGUCACGGCAGCUGAUGGACAAGAGGUCACCAAGACUUUUUACCAAGAUUUUUGCGAUAGACGGCGUCGCGAAUCCGUCUUGUCGUUCUUGGGUCAAGCCAUGGCAUCAGGAACAAGGCAGAUGUCCAAUUUCUGCAUCACCCAAAAAUACCCCAGAAGGUGCCCACUUUCCAGCAUGGCCCCACCAUGAUUUCCACUAAAUGGACAUUCAGCCAGCAUCACCCUUGUCAAUAUAGUCCCAAUUCGAACCCUUGACAUGUGGGGAGGUUCCCUCCCAGGCACAAGGGACCACGACCCGAAAGUACAUAAGGAAGACAUGAAACACUUCCAACAGGUGCUCUUCUUUUAUUCAUUUCGUCUUGCCAAGUCGUCAUUCAGCCCUAAACACCAAACGUUGCUCUUUCGCAACAGUCCAUUCUUUCAGCAGUAAAAACAACCGCCGCGCUCACGGCGACUACAACAAUCAAUAUGCGCGUCCUCUCCCUCUUUUCGCUCGCCGCUGCGGCCCUCCCCCUGGCCUCGGCCAUCCAGUUCACCUCGCCCGCCGGCAACUCGACCUUGAACAAGGGCAACUCGUACAAGGUCAAGUGGGAUUCCGUCGACACGGAUCCUUCCACUUUCAGCAUUUACCUCGUCAACUUUGUCAACUGGCCCCCCUUUUACACCCAACUCGCCGGCGGUGUUUCCACCGAGUCUGGCGAGUAUGAGGUGACCGUUCCCUGCCUUGUUGACGCCUCCUGGGGCUACCAAUUCAAUGCCAUCAACGGCACCAACGUCUAUGUCAUCCACGCUCAGACCCCCAAGUUCUACGUUGGCGAGGGUUCCUGCGAUGAGCCCGAGGAGGAGGUCCCCGUUCCCGUGAUCACCGACUCCCUCCAGCAGACCACCUGCGAGGCCUAUACCGUGACCGCCACCCCCGAGCCCACCUGCGAUAACUCCGUCUCUACUGUCACUGCCACCGUCACUGCCACUGUCACCGUCGGUAAGGAUGCCCCCGCGGCCCCUGCCACCACCGCUCCUGCCACCCUUCAAUACACCCCCGGCUUCCAGUCGGCUGUCAAGGUCUACUCGACCGUUUAUGUUGACCUCUCUGAGGUCAUUGACUCUGGCGAGUGCGUGUGCUAA